GGCCUACAGCGAAAUACGAAGGAGUAGUCGUUUCUAUUCACGCAUUGUCUGCGCACUGUCCUGCAAAACACGAGAGACCAUCCAUUUAUUCAAGCUUUUGAAGGCCGUCUUGCUGUGUCAACCGUUGAAUAUUGGCUCGAUUUCCACACAGGAAAAAAACUUGAAGUGACAUUUUAACCGAACAAGCACGUACAGAUAUAGUAAAACCGGGACGCACUCAACACGUUUCAUAAAAGAUAGAUAACCACUUGACGUCAUGACAUCUCAGAAACAACUCUUCGCCGUGUUUAACUUUUACGAGACGAUUACUCCACCACCAAACUACCCAACAUUUACCGCAGGCUGGAAGACGUUGGGCAGUUAUGUUGAAACCCUUGAUCACUAUGUGGCUGCUCAGCUUCACCGAAACUUGGACGAACAAGGUUUAUUUCCAUAUGUUAAUUUCUCCACUUUUACUGGCACUACUGAGCGGAUUAUAAAGGACUUUAUGGAACCCAGCCCGGAUCUGAUUAAAGCUGUCGUUGAGGGGCAUGGAAUGCCGGGAAUUCAGAUCAACCACCCAGGUGGCUAUGAGGAAAUUUCAACAUUGAGUGGAAAGCAGAUCAUUCCCGACUUACCUGCAAAGCUUGAAUCCAAAUUUAUCAUUAGCGGCUACAGGACAAUCGUCUCUGACAAUGAGUUCAACAAUAACAUCGGUGAUUUGGAGAAAGACUGGCUUAACUGGGCAGGCAUAGAAGCCCUUAAGGCUGCAGUCCCAUCAGGUGUGUCGUUAGGUGAAGCUGGGUUGUACAAGCGAUUCACACCAGAUGGACCGUUCAAGGCAGUUACAUACACGGUUAGAUGCGAGAUCAAAGGUUUGGAUGCCGAUAAAACUGCCAGCUUGGAUUUGUUGAGUACCAUCCGUAAUCAAAAAACACCAGAAAAGUUGGAAUUGGUUGAUAGCUCCCUUUACUGCCUUGACAAGGAUCUCAUUAGCUUGUCUGCUAAAUAGAUAGUGACAUUAUGUUGUAGUUAGGAUAGAGAAAGUGACCAAACGACUUUUUUGUUUAUUAGCUGUACGUAAAACAAUAUUUGGUCAGAUUGUUUAACCUUAUGAGCUAAUUAUUACAUUACCUAGUUUUAUUAGGGAAUUAAUUAAAGACAAACUUUUCAAGAAACUUUCACUUCUAAACACUUAAAGGCAGAUCAGUACACGACUAUAGGUUACAAAUGUUCCCACGGGGCGCCAACUGUCAACUUAUGUUUAGCGUAAAAAAAAAAAUUUGUACAAUUGUUUGCAAAGUUCUGUCAAUGUUGUUGGUUUAUAAACCACGGUUAUAAAAUAUAAAAUCUGAAGCGUCGUACAACAUGGUUUAUAAACCAUGAACAUUGGAGCAUCUUCAAAACAUAGGGGAACACGUUCAGAUAAAUAAGCGGGAGAUUGACAUGUUUGAGCCUUGAAAGUUAACAGAAGAAUUUUGGUAACUGUACGAAACUUAACUGGGAGCCAAUGCAAAUGCAUUAAUACAGGUGUAAUAUGGUGAGAACGAGGCAAGAAAGAGACGAGUCGAGCAGCAGUGCUUUGUACACGUUUAUAAACCAAAAAACCCGUUUGUUAACACAUCAUGGGUUACAACACACAUAAAAACUGUGCGUUCAUACAAAUCAUGGUUUAUAGUCAAUACAAACUGAACAUGCCUGGGUUUCAUUCAACCUCCUUAAGCAUUUUUGACGAUAGCCGCUUAACCGUCUGCCUUGUAUAACGAAGAAAUCUCGCCCGGUGUGUGCCAAAUACACUUUUGCAGCGAGCUUGAAGUAUUAAACUCCGGUCUUUAUAAGGGAAUAAAAGGUUAGCGACGAGUUCUUUUAAUCGGCCGUUUAAAACCGGCAGGGUCGUGGCCGAGCGCUCAAGGCCCAACCCGAAGGCGAGGGUCUUUAUCGCCUCGACCCUGCAAGGUUUUGAAUGGCCGAUUCGGAACGAGUCACUACACUUUUAUUAAUUUUCAUAAAUGCCAUUUUGGUAAAAAGCCGUAAUAAAGUAGGAAACUGUUUUCCGAAGUCCUUGAGCUUUUUAAGUGUGGUGCAUUUUUAUGAGACACUUUUCGGAUAGCGAAACUGUCUGAUGAGGUAUUUAUGAAUGUUGUUUAAUAAAUCCACAGCUCCUUGGAUUACACGGCUAUUGUCAAGAGCGCUUGGAAGGAGGUUUAAUCAAAGCCAUAAUUAGAUUUUAUGGUUUAUAAACCAUGACUUUUUGAACGCUUCAGUCAAAAAAACGCUAAACAUUAGUAGACAAACGGCGCCCCGUAUAUAGAGUCCCUUGUUGCCUCGCCACUCGACUCGUUUGCAAAGCUGUCCAAGCCUAAAGGACUUGACAAAAGGCUAGCUAUCCGUGUAAUAUUAGAUCUUUCUAAAUAAGGAAUGUUGUUAUCCACCCUUAGGCAUUGUCUCUAAAUAAGGAAUGGUGUUAUCCACCCUUAGGCAUUGUCUCUAAAUAAGGAAUGUUGUUAUCCACCCUUAGGCAUUGUCUCUAAAUAAGGAAUGUUGUUAUCCACCCUUAGGCAUUGUCUCUAAAUAAGGAAUGUUGUUAUCCACCCUUAGGCAUUGUCUCUAAAUAAGGAAUGUUGUUAUCCACCCUUAGGCAUUGUCUCUAAAUAAGGAAUGUUGUUAUCCACCCUUAGGCAUUGUCUCUAAAUAAGGAAUGUUGUUAUCCACCCUUAGGCAUUGUCUCU